AGUUUGGUUAUACAGCCGGGUAUAUUUGUUAUUUUCAUCGUAAGACAAAACGUUCAAAAACAAUGAGCGCCCCAAACAGCGGGAUGGAAAUGGAGGUGGAGUCGUCCAGUGCGAGCGAAGGAUCCAAAACGCUCAUGGACACGGCUCAAAUACCGACAAAAAAUGUCAUGGCUUCAGGCACAGUUGGUUCGGUCACUUGUUCCCUGCAUCCCUUGGUCAUUAUGAAUGUGUCCGAACAUUGGACCAGAGAACGAGCUCAGGAAGGUGUAGUACAACAAGUGUUUGGAGCUUUAAUCGGCAAGCAAAAGGGUAGAAACAUAGAAAUAAUGAACUCAUUUGAACUUGUGUUUAGGAUAAUUGAGGGGGAAGUCAUUAUUGAUAAGGAAUAUUAUAUUAUGAAAGAAGAACAAUUUAAACAAGUGUUUAGUGACAUGGAUUUUAUUGGUUGGUAUACAACAGGAGCAGAACCAGACUCAAAUGACAUUAAAAUACAUAAACAAAUCUGUGAAAUAAAUGAGUCUCCUGUUAUGCUUAAACUGAAUCCAUAUGACAAAAAUAUUGAGCACCUACCAGUGAACUUGUAUGAAUCUGUGAUUGAUUUAGUAGGAGGUGGUGAAGCCACAAUGUUAUUUGUUUCCCUGAGCUACACAUUGGCAACAGAAGAAGCAGAGAGAAUUGGUGUGGAUCAUGUUGCUAGGAUGUCAUCCACAGAUUCUGGUGAAAGUUCCCUGGUAGCAGAACAUUUGACUGCACAACACAGUGCAAUCAAAAUGUUGCACUCCAGAGUCAAAUUGGUCUCUGAGUACAUGAAGGCUGUGCAGAGUGGAGAAUUGCCAAUGAAUCAUGAAAUACUAAGGGAGGCUUAUUCAUUGUGCCACAGAUUGCCAGUUAUUCAAAAUGCUAGAUUCAGGCAGGACUUCUAUAAUCAAUGCAAUGAUGUUGGCUUAAUGACUUACCUAGGCACAUUAACAAAAGGUUGCAAUGAUCUAAACCAGUUUGUCAACAAAUUUAACAUCCUCUAUGACAGACAAGGGAUGGGAAGAAGAAUGAGGGGAAUUUUCUUUUAGUUAUGUAAUGUAAAAUAUAUUUUUGUUGUAUUUAUUAAAACUUAUAAUAAACACUCCUUUUGAUACAA